AUUUUCUCAUCUUCCCACUUGUCGCUAUGAUUCAAAAAACCUGGCACAUCGGGAAAAAACAAUUAAUCACGUGUACUCAACCUCACACCAAGCAAAAUCUCUUCAUCCACUAAUAAAAAUCCACGUCAGAGAUAUCUUACACGUGGACGGUCACGAUCCCUCAAUGACAUUCAAAGAGGAUUCGUCUCCAUAUAUAAACACAGAGAGAUAGCGAGGGACACAGAUUCGCCGCAGCUAGAGAGAAAACGAAACUAACCGGAGCAUGAAGAGACGAAGAUCGGCGAAGAAAUCUCCGGCGAUGGUGACGGUUACCGAUUGGAAAGGGUUAGAUUGCGGCGAAGAGACGAGAAUCGUAAGGAGAUUGAUGAAGUUCGAAGACUUGCCUGAGUAUUUGAAGGACAACGAGUUUAUACACAACCAUUAUCGAUGUCAAUGGUCUCUCAAAGAUACUUUUCUCAGUGCUUUCUCUUGGCACAACGAGACUCUCAACAUUUGGACGCAUUUAAUUGGAUUUGGUAUAUUUCUGUGGAUGACGGUGGUGAGUUGCUUGGAGACGACGGAGAUUAGUCUCGCCGGCGUUUUUAACGGCAUGGCCGGAGUGAGGAUUUGCCUCUCAAGCAAUCAGACUCUGCUUCAUGAUUCGAACGUGACACAUCACAUCUCAUGUCUUACCUCACAAGGAGAAGCUAUUCCAAAAUGGCCGUGGCUCGUGUACUUAGUCGGAGCAAUGGGUUGUUUAAUCUGCAGCUCUGUUUCACACCUCCUUGCUUGUCACUCAAAACGUUUCAACGUCUUCUUCUGGCGUUUGGACUACGCAGGAAUAUCACUUAUGAUCGUCGCUUCUUUCUUUGCACCAAUCUACUACGCAUUCUCCUGCCACCCUAACUUCCGUUUACUCUACUUAUCCUCGAUCUCGAUCCUCGGUCUCCUCGCUAUCAUCACUCUCCUCUCUCCCGCUCUCUCUACGCCGCGUUUUAGACCUUUCAGAGCUAAUCUUUUCCUUGCAAUGGGAUCAUCUGCUGUGAUACCUGCUACACAUGUGCUUUGCCUUUACUGGGAUCACCCUAAUGUCUUCAUCGCCCUCGGUUACGAGAUUGCCACGGCUUUGUCGUAUUUUGUGGGAGCAACGUUUUAUGUCAGCCGUGUGCCUGAGAGAUGGAAGCCUGGAGCGUUUGAUAUGGCGGGACAUAGCCAUCAGAUUUUCCAUGUGUUUGUAGUUAUGGGUGCUCUUGCUCAUUGUGUUACCACUCUUCUCAUCAUUGAUUUUUCACGGGCUUCCCCUUCUUGUGGGUUUUAGCAAGAAGAUAUUGUUUAGUAAGCUUCUGUGAUCUUGCGUUUCGAUGUAUGUGAUCUUGAUUUGCUUUGGACAAUCCAUGGCUAUUUCCUAUUUGAAACCGAGACUUGAUUUGUCGAAUCUCAUUUUCAAGAUUGAAAUGAUUCUGAUUACUAAAGCAGAAUAUAUGCAUAUCGAUUCCUUGGAAGAGAAGAAAUUGUGAGGAAGGAGGAAUAUAAAGAAAACCUAGAACCUUUUGAUUCCUUUGUUUCUCUGGAGAUCAAAAAUUUGUCAGUGAUAAAAUGGUUAAGGUUCAUUAUACUAUUUUUGCUAGGGAUAAUUAAAGAACAAAUCUCAGAUAGUUACAUGGGCUGUUUUGAUCUAA